AAAAUAAUAUGGAGAAGCAGAACUCUGUAUCAACGCCCACGCCCUCUGAGCCUAACUUGAAGUCUAGCACAUCUGUUCCUCAAAUGGAGACUGCGGUUUUGAAAAUCAAGUUGCAGCUUUUCCCAAUUGACGACAAGACUAAAACAGCACUGGAGCAGGAGGGUCACAAUCCACACCUUGAGUUGACACUCAAGGCCUCGAAAAGCAUAAGCUCUGUGCUACAGCACUUGUCUCAGAAAUGGGGUCGCUGCUCUGUGGCUACUGGAGAUAUUCGUCUCUAUCCUUUCAUUCGACAGCCUUCCUCUACAAGCUGGAACUCGAAAGAUGUGGUGUGUGCUGCAGACGUUUACGAUGUCGUAGGAAGACCUUCAGUAUUUCGCUUGAGGUAUGGCUGGUGCCAAAAUGUUUGUGAAAAGAGUUCAAAAUCUGGUGCGGAGCCAGUCACUGUCAUCGAGAGACACGAAGAUCAUUCUCAACUGGAUUCUCAAGUACCUGGCUGUAGCUGGUUGUAUGAUAGAAGUACGGAUGGCUUCGGCCAGCGGCUUUGGCGAGAUGAGGAAUUACUGGGAGCUUCUUCGGUUGAUCGCUUCAUUGUAUUGAAUGACGCCUCCAAGCAGGACGCCGAUCGAUAUUCUUUGACGCCUUCGGUGUGGGGAGGCGAAGAAACAUGCGAUGCGUUUUCUUUCAAAACGAAGGAGCACAUUCGAGUUGUGCCACCAGCUCGGGAAUCUGCCGCUUGUUCGCUACUCGGGACGUCGCAAGGCACAUCCAGUUUUGAUUUGUUCCGCUCAUCGUCAAACGCGGACGUGCUCCGCUCAUCGGCUUUGGACCUGUAUUGGGCCGAUUCAUUGGGAGCUGUGGAUGGGACGUUCGCGCACGGGCAAAGCCUGCUGUUAAACGGGAACUCAUCGCUCGGAGGUGGUAUAUCUACGAGUUUGUUCCCGGACACCCUGGACGUCUUUGCUCAACAAACUCCAGGCGUGCUACUCUCGCCUAAUGACAUCCAGAUGGUUGAAGUGGAUCGUCAGUGAGAGAGUGCAUCCAUCUGGACUCCCGGGUUGUUCAAGCACAGUUGGGAUGAAAAUCAUUGGCGGCGAAUUAACUUUUCUUUCCAACCAACAAACAGCAGCAUUAAAACGAUCUUCGCAGCGAGCUGGGAGAGAGAAAUACGUUCGCUACUGAUGCUUGCUUUAACAUUGCAAAUGAGGCAUGGAGGACAUGGCUACUUAAAAGACUACCCGGUUGAAAACCUGUGAGUCCUUACCAUUUCGAGAGUCUCGGUUUUACUUCUCCAUUGCCGAAGACGCAUGUUGUGCAGCCAGUUUGAUCACCACCCAAUGCAUGUCAACCAAGAAACAUUUGCUUUGUGAGACUUUAAUGGUAGAUUAAGAUCUCUUCUGAAACAUUUGUUUUGUAGAUUAGAAUCUCUUACACGUAAUUUUGCCCAUGAAGAUAUUAAUAUUAUUGCUUGUCCAUUU